AACGUGGUGUGAGCAUAACAGUUUUCUGCAACACAGGUAUUUUUGUAAGACAAACGGUAGCCAGCCUUGGUACAGUAGAUCCACACCUAAGAGGAUUCCUGUUCGGUCGCACUUCGGACAAACAACUGCUAAAGGACUGGGGCUCUGGGAGCCAGAAGGGAGAACUAAUUAACAUGGCUUUGGGUGGGAUUCCUUUAAUUCUGAGUGUCCUUUGCCUUCAGGUUGCGUGUCUGCCAACGUCCAAAGUCAUUGAGCUCGACGUGGAUGGUGGAAAAGAUAGAGACAUUUUUGACAUCAAUGCAGAGGCCGGACUCAAUCUUACUGAAGGUGACAUCGUGUUCGAUCCAAAGCAAGGGAGGAAUUCCAUUCUGGGAGAUGAAUACCGGUGGCCAAAGACGAUUCCAUACUACCUGGAAGACAGCUUAGAAAUCAACGCCAAAGGAGUGAUUCUGAAGGCCUUUGAUCAGUAUCGGCUGAAAACCUGCAUUGAUUUCAAACCUUGGGAAGGAGAGCCUAAUUAUAUUUCUGUAUUUAAAGGAAACGGGUGCUUCUCGUCCAUCGGCAACCGGCGCGUCGGGAAGCAGCAGCUGUCGAUCGGGUCCAACUGCGACCGCAUCGGGACGAUCGAGCACGAGUUCCUGCACGCGCUGGGCUUCUGGCAUGAGCAGUCCAGAGCUGACCGCGACGACUACGUGGCCAUCAUGUGGGAUUACAUCCAAGCGGGCAAGGAGCAUAACUUCAACACAUACAACGACACUGUCUCCAGUGACCUUAAUGUGCCCUAUGACUACACCUCGGUGAUGCACUACGGCAAGACGGCCUUCCAGAAUGGCUCCCAGUCCACCAUCAUAACCAAGAUCCCGGCGUUCGCUGAUGUCAUCGGCCAGCGGAUGGAGUUCAGUGACAGCGACCUGCUGAAGCUCAAUCGGCUGUACAACUGCACUACAUCAUCAACGUUCCUGGAUACCUGCAGCUUUGAGCUAGAGAACAUCUGCGGAAUGAUACAAGAUCCAGAAGCCAGCACUGUCUGGACGCGUGAAACCAAGGUACCAGGAGGUCCAUCCACAGACUUCUCCAACAUGGGGCAGUGCACAGGUGCAGGGUACUUCAUGCACUUCAGCACAGCCAGCGGCAAGGCGGGGGACACGGCGCUGCUGGAGACCAGGCUUCUCUACCCCAAGCACAGCCAACAGUGCCUUCAGUUCUUCUAUUACCACAGCGGAGACACCAGCGAUGGCCUGAAGGUCUGGGUCCGCGAGUACGACAAGAUCAACCCCAACGGAACACUAAGGCUCAUCCAGCAGAUCCCAGGUGACCCACAGGAUCUGUGGCAGAUCCAUCACGUGAGUCUGAACGUAACCAAGAAGUUCCGAGUGGUCUUUGAGGGUGUGAAAGGGGAAGGGUCUCCAUCGGGAGGCAUUUCCAUCGAUGACAUCAACCUCUCUGAGACAAAAUGUCCGGAACACGUGUGGCGCGUCCGAAACUUCAGCCAGCUCAUGGACACUACGCCCAUCCAUAGGAAAGAGUGUAGUCCCCGUUUCCUCUCCAAAGAGGGCUACACCUUCCAGGUUUGCCUGCUCCCCAACAGUACGUUUCAGAGCCCUGAGCAGCUGGGAAUCUACCUGCACCUCACCUCCGGGGAGCGUGACAAUGAACUCAAGUGGCCCUGCCCAUGGAAGCAGGGCACCAUGAUGCUUAUGGACCAAAGCUCCGACAUCCGGCGCCGAAUGUCCAGCCAGAGGAGUAUCACCACUGACCCCAACGAAACCAAGUUGAACGAGAGUGGCGACCUUGUGUUCUUUUGGGAUGACCCUGCAAAGGUGGGAGUUCUGGUCAAUGAUGCAGAUGGAAGUACAUAUAACCAGGGUCCAGGCUUGGGAACCAGUACGUUCCUGACUCAUGACAGGGCGAGGAGCAGAAACUUCAUCAAGGGUGGUGAUGCCUUUUUCCUACUCACAUUCGAAGAUGUGUCAGAUCUCCUGGUAUCCCAGCCGUCGCCACCGAGCACCCAACCAACUCCAACCCAAAAUUCAACUUCAAGCUCAACUCUAAGUUCAACCGAAAGUUCCACCCGAACAACCCCAAGUUCCAAUGACCCCUGCUCAGAAGUCCAUUGUGAGCAUGAUGGCGUCUGCGUGCUGGAGAACGAGGUGGCGGUCUGCAGGUGUGCCGUUGGGGACGACUGGUGGUACACCGGCGACAGGUGCCAGAGGAAAGGCUCGGCGCGGGACGCCACGGUGACAGCGGUGGGGGCAUCCAUGGGUGUUCUGGCCGGCAUGCUGGUCAUCACCGGCGUGAGCGUGAUGUGCGUCAGGAAGAAGUACAAGAAGCAGCUGGACAAACGCAAUCCAGCUAUUACACUGGAAGAUAGAUUCUGACAGCUGAUCUGAUCCUUCUCAAGUUCUGGAUGGCUGGGGGGGAUGUGAUGCAUUUGCACCACGAGAUUUUAAUGAAGCCUAAAAUGUUUAAGGAAAAUUCAUGCUGUGGGGGAGAUGUCAUUGUCAUCACUGGAAUGAUGAACAAAAUCACUGCAUAUUUAUAAUAAACCAAUGUUUCCAAAAAGUAA